AUGGAGCCACAAGCCUUAGAAAUAUGUCCUUAUGACUCAAAUCACAGGAUGCCAGCCAGUAGGUUACAGUACCACCUGGCAUCAUGCAAAAAGGAAAAUCCAAAGAUAGCUAAAAAGAUGGCUAACUACAAAUAUAAUGCUUGUCAUGUGGUCCCAAUCAAAAGGCUUAAGGAACAUGAGGCUAGCAGCUGCUGCUGCUGCUAUACUCCUUCCUUUGUUCUUAAGCCUCUUGUUCCAAAAAUGCUGGUUUGUGAAAGGUCAGAAAAUUGA